UCGAAAAGUUUCAAAAAAUCAUUGACUUUUUAUUCCACAGAGUUUUCCAGUCGAUACAUUCAAACCCAAAGUACAACUUCAGCACGAAGUGAUACCGAAAACACUUCCCAGAAAUGUUGCCAUUGAAAGACGAAGACGAGAGUAUCAGAGCCAAUAUUUGGAAGACGUUCUGAUGAAUGCAGGAAUCACUACAAGGGAUUUGCUUCCAACAGAAGUAUUGACUGAGCAUGUAAAAAACGAAAAAUCUGGACAAAUUAACUGGAUAAGUUUCUUACCACUGGAAUUGUUCGAUAACGAAGAUUUUGAUAUAAGGACAUCCGAGAACUGGUUGGACCAUGGCGUUAUUGAUAACGUUAGACACCCGCUCCCUGGAAAAGCUUUUGUUCCCACACCGGUCGACAUCAUCAAUUCAACGACAACAACUACAGAAGAAUAUUAUUCGUGGGUAAAUGUUGCCGUGGCUGAAUAUGAUCCAGAACCGAAAUUGUGGACGGUCCUAACUUUGGACGGUCUGCAAAGGACUUUUCGACUGCCAAGACUGUUCGUGAUGUUCGACGCAGAAGAUCCUGUUAACUUUGCAAACAGGAUAAGAGCAGCGUUGAAUUUGAGAUUCGAUACGGAGAACUUGAUAAGGUAUGAAUUUUUUGUGGAUUGUAUGUCACUCAAAGGAACGCCCUAUAUGGAAGAAAACAUGCGAAAAAAGAUUAUUGAUCUUGCCCUAGGGGCAAAGUUGGGAAAGAAGUUAUCCUAUACGGAAUAUUUUCAAAAUCUUCUCAAUCAAAUUGGGCUCAACCAUCAGAGAACUAUUGGAGAAUUGAAAUUUAGGAAUAUUUUUGAUAGACCGAAAGUUAACGAGAAUAUGAAGUUACCUGAGAGGGAAUGUCCAAAAAAGGACAAUGUGGGCAGAAUUGAUACUCAAAUGGAAAACUUUGCAGAAGUCAGGAAGUAUUUUCGUUGGUAUAACAUUUAUGUGAUACCAGAAACGUACCUCGCUAUGUCUUACGUCGUCGGAGAAUGCAUAAAAGCAUCGCAGAUGUCUCUUUUUACAGCAAAUUAUGGUACCAAAUACGUAACACUAGACGAAUUCGAUUCUCUUCAAACACAGACUUCAAAUGUUACCAUCAAACAACUGAAAGGGCCUUGGCUGGAGACCCUCGUGUACAACAUUCGAAUGUGUAUCGGUGAUCUGGGCAAAGGAUGGUUUGAUAUCAACGAAAGGAGUUUUGAAACUUAUGAAAUAUCGAAGCUGAUCAGAUUCAUGGAACUGGUCAAAUUUAGAAUGCAGCACACUCUUCGUUUGUUAGUUGAAAAUUCCAUUCAAAUUUUUAUAAACAUGGUGGAGUCGCCCUGCCUACCUUGCUUGCGCGUACAAGACGAUUUUGUUUGGGGACCAGAGUUAACAGUCAGUCCCUUUAUUUCGAGGGCGCCACCUCUCUUCAGUUUACAACUGAAAAUGAAUGAACACGGAGCUUUUUACUCAACCCCUCCAGAAUCUUUUCGGCAAGUCCUACUGCGUCUCUUUGACGACGGUCUGAAACAGACGCAUCAGAUAAAUCAAGUACAUCCGUUUCUCCUGAGCAACCUGAGAUUUCCUAAGAAUUUGACACUAUCCUCGGUGGGACUACUAGCCGAAGAAGUUUGCCGUAUUCGCGAAAGAUUUUUAUUGGCGUACGAGAAGGCUCUAAUACCUCUUCUAGCUUAUGCUGAUGAAUACAAAGUCCACGUACAACUUUAUACGAUGGAUGUCAAUAAUUUCAUUGAAACUUACAAGAAUGAACAGCAUACUGCAUCCGAAGUGAAAGAGGAAGUCUCAUUGCAUCACAGGCUUAAAAAUAGUUUGGAGGUAACUCUUCCGAACAUCAUUUUCAUUGGGCCAUUUUAUGUAUCUAUAGACCAUCUAAGGCUGUUUUUAAUAUCAAAAAGACAAGAAAUCUGCCAGAAACUGCUGCAUAUGUUUGAGACCCGCAUGAAAAUAUGUGUUGAAGAGGUUCUGCACGAGUUCAAGCAGAUUAUGAUAAAACUGGCCGAGAAACCGGACAACAUAGAACGCGUCUUCGAAAUGAGGGAUUGGAUGGAAACCGUUCCGAUGUCUGUGAGAACCUUGGAGGAAAUGACACGAAGAUAUGUUAUGGAAUAUGAGGUACUCGAUCAUUUUUGGUACAACCUUCACGAUGAAGAUUUUGAAAAUAAAUGGGAAGCUGUUGGAUGGCCUCUAAAAAUUCAACGGCAAGUCGAAGAAACGGACGCGUUCCUGAAAGAAGAAGAAGAACGUUUCUACAAAAUUCAAUUGAAUGAUGAAUUCGCUCUGCAAGACAAAGUCGAAACUUUGACAGCUCAAGUGGUGCAAAUGUCGCAGCUGAGAGAUUUUAACAAAACCCACGAUAUUGCUCUGGACAUGAGAAGAGUUUGGAAGAGUAUAAAGGAAGCGCAGGAACAAGGACAACUUCUUAAUCAAAGGCAGAAAUUAUUUGGAGUUCCUAUAGUUCCAUUCGAUAAUCUAACAAAACUCAUUAAAGAGUUUGAACCAUAUAAAAAUUUGUGGGGAACUGCUUCGGUCACACUCUUAUAUAUUCAUCCAAUACUGAACAUCGAUGCAGACGCUAUCGAAGGCACCGUCACCGACAUGUACAAAAUGAUGGUGAAAUCGAUUAAGAUUUUCAGCGACAUCGAAGCCGUACAGAACGUUGCCAUCGAGAUCAAAAACCAAAUAGACGAUUUCAAGCCGAUGAUACCUUUGCUGCAGGCCUUGAGGAAUCCCGGAAUGAAACAGAGACAUUGGGAUACGUUCGAAUCACAAACAGGGAUAUCAUUACAAUGGACUCCUGUCAUCACUUUUCACGACUGUCUCAAACUGGGAGUAGAGAGUUUUUCUGACGAAAUGACCAAAAUAGCCGAAACAGCAACUAAAGAAUUUUCUAUAGAACAAACAUUAGACAAGAUGAUAUCAGAAUGGGAAAAUAAUCUUAUGGAGCUUUCGCCUUAUAAAAAUACUGGAACAUAUAUCAUGAAGAUUUCCGACGAGAAUCAGCAAAUGUUGGAUGACCACAUAGUUCUCACUCAGCAAUUGUCUUUCAGUCCCUUCAAGGGCCCAUUCGAAGAUAAAUUAGACGCAUGGGAGGAAAAAUUGAAGACUACCGCUUAUGUUAUUGAAGAAUGGAUGGACGUUCAAAAACAAUGGAUGUACUUGGAACCAAUAUUCACUAGUGAAGAUAUAACAAUGCAGUUACCUGUCGAAAGUAAAAAAUACAAUUCAAUGGAACGGACAUGGAGGCGGAUAAUGAGAAAUGCUACCGAGUGCCCCAAUAUUAUCGAAUACUGCGGAGAUCGCAAACUGCUGGAAAGUUUAAGGGAUGCUAAUCACAUUCUACAAGUCGUUCAAAAAGGCCUGUCUGAGUAUUUGGAAGUAAAGCGGAUGGUAUUUCCUCGUCUCUACUUUCUCAGUGACGACGAGCUCUUGGAAAUCCUCUCCCAGGCUAGAAAUCCACUUGCUGUUCAGCCGCAUCUGAGGAAAUGUUUCGAAAAUAUAGCCCGGACUGUUCAUUUCAGAUACUACUGGAUCGAAGAACAUAUGAAAGUGCGAGCUGUCAACGCCGAAUUCCAAUAUGGCUACGAGUACUUGGGCAACAGCGGCCGACUAGUCAUCACCCCCCUGACAGAUCGCUGUUAUCUGACUUUGACCGGCGCCCUGCACCUCAAAUUUGGGGGGGCGCCCGCCGGUCCGGCCGGUACAGGCAAAACUGAGACAACCAAAGAUCUGGCUAAAGCCAUGGCCAUCCAAUGCGUCGUGUUCAAUUGUUCAGAUCAGCUCGACUUCAUGGCCAUGGGCAAGUUUUUCAAGGGACUUGCGAGUUCGGGUGCCUGGGCUUGCUUCGAUGAGUUCAACAGGAUCGAUAUUGAGGUUUUGUCGGUGGUUGCCCAGCAGAUUACGACCAUACAAAAAGCUCAGCAAGCUCGCUUGGACCACUUUUUCUUCGAGGGUUCGGAAAUCGUCCUGAAACAAUCCUGCGCCGUCUUCAUCACGAUGAACCCUGGAUACGCAGGCAGGACCGAACUACCGGACAAUCUGAAAGCCCUAUUCAGACCAGUCUCCAUGAUGGUGCCCGACUACACGCUCAUUGCAGAAAUAUCUUUGUUUUCAUUUGGAUUCAGUAACGCUAAGCAGCUAGCCAAUAAGAUAACGACUACUUUCAAGCUGAGUUCUGAACAACUCAGCAGCCAGGAUCACUACGAUUUCGGGAUGAGGGCGGUGAAGACUGUCAUAGCUGUGGCUGGAAACCUAAAGAGGGAAAAACCGCUAAUGGAUGAGAGGCAGAUUGUUUUGAGGGCUUUGAGGGAUGUUAAUGUGCCAAAGUUUCUUAAGGAUGACCUCAAGCUGUUCAAUGGAAUAGUAUCAGAUCUGUUUCCAAGGAUGGUGGAAGAACCUAUAGAUUAUGGAGUUCUGAAGGAAUCAAUAAGAAGUUCGUGUAUCGCUCUUGGACAAGAGGAUGUUGAAGAGUUCGUGAAAAAAGUUAUCCAAUUAUACGAAACAACAGUUGUGAGACACGGCUUGAUGUUGGUCGGCCCAACGGGUUCGGGAAAAACAAAG